AUGGGACAAGCGGCUUGAACACUAGAGCUCAGAUAGCGGUGGAGGAAGAACAAACGCAUAGAGCCUAACACCUGCCAGACUAUUUUGCUAUUUUAAGUGUUAAUAUAUCCUGGAUUUGUCUAUGCCUGGAUUUGUCAUUCCGGAGUUUUCAGGGGACGAUGACUUAAAUGAAAACGUGAGAGAUUUCUAAAGCAUCACGUAGUUUCCAUGCAUGUAAUUUGAGGAAAAGUGCUCUCUGCAUGAAGCAAACUUUUUGACAACUUGCGAAACCUUACCAAGCAGUGGGUCUACGUGAAGCAGUAUUACACGUUUACAUUGCCUACGGCUAUACACAUUUUCUACUAUUAGUUUGGAGGCAGAUUUCAAACGUUAUCAUUUUCGGAAGGCUAAACAACGCCACAGAAUGUGACAUCUACUGUCUCGCGACGACGCCGACUGAGCAUACCUGCACUGCAAGACUCCAAAGGUUAACUCUGCCUUCAUUGCUAUGGAGACCACCCAAGCCCUCCUCUUCUUUCUCCUGAGUUUAUGUGUCUACAGUUGCCAUGCCGAUGCUCGGACUGCUCCCAGAGUGCAUUUGUCUUACAAAGAGCUGUUGGAGACGCGGACGGCACGGCCCUUCUCCUUCUCCUUCAACACCAGUGACUACCGUAUCCUGCACAUGGACCAGGACCAGGGCCGUCUUUACCUGGGCAGCCGAGAGUACCUGGUGGCCCUGGACAUGCACAACAUCAACAAGGAGCCCCUCAUAAUUCACUGGCCGGCCACUACCCAGAGGAAAGGAGAGUGUAGAAUGACUGGAAAGGGUGGGCAGGGGGAGUGUGCAAACUUUGUGCGUCUGAUUGAACCCUGGAAUCGCACACACCUAUACACCUGUGGCACAGGGGCCUAUAAGCCUAUCUGCACCUUCAUCAACAGAGGAUGGAGAGCAGAGGUACGGACACACACAUGCACACAGACACACACACAAACAUUCCUACCUCCAUAUAUUGUCCUCUCUGUGCAGGAGUACCUGUUUAGGCUGGUCCCUGGCUAUGGGGACUCAGGGAAAGGGAAAUGCUCAUAUGACCCUCGACAGGAGAACGCUGCGGCCCUUAUCAAUGGGAAUCUGUAUGCAGGGGUCCACGUUGACUUCAUGGGCACGGAUCCGGCCAUCUUUAGAACCCUGGGGGACAGACCUGCUGUCAGGACGGAGCAAUAUGACUCCCGCUGGCUGAAUGAGCCAGUGUUUGUUAAGAUCCAGCAGAUUCCUGACAGCUCCGAGAGGAAUGAUGAUAAACUCUACUUCUUCUUCCGGGAGAAGAGUCUGGAUGGUGCCGGGGGGGCCAGCCCCAGUGUCCUGGCCAGGGUGGGCAGAGUAUGCCUGAAUGAUGAUGGGGGUCAGAGGUCACUGGUCAACAAGUGGACGACCUUCCUGAAAGCUCGGCUGGUGUGCUCAGUGAUAGGGAGCGAUGGUGUGGAGACCUAUUUCGACGAGCUGAAGGAUGUCUUCAUUCAGCCAACACAAGACCUUCGCAAUCCUGUCGUGUACGCCGUCUUUUCCACUGCGGGUUCUGUGUUUAAGGGCUCAGCCGUGUGUGUGUACUCUAUGUCCGACAUCCGCAAUGUCUUCAAUGGCCCUUUCUCACACAAGCACGGACACAACUACCAGUGGACCCCCUACACUGGAAAGAUCCCCUACCCUCGCCCUGGAACAUGUCCAGGAGGAACGUUCACCCCAGGCCUCCGCUCCACCAAGGAGUUUUCGGAUGAGGCGGUGAAUUUUGUGAGGGCGCACCCCCUCAUGUACCACUCUGUCUACCCCAUACACAAGAGGCCUCUGGUGGUGCGAACGGGGGUGGACUACCGCUUCACCUCCAUCGUGGUGGACCUGGUGGAUGCUGUGGACGGGAGGUAUGAGGUGCUCUUCCUGGGCACUGAUCGUGGGACAGUCCAAAAGGUGAUAGUACUUCCUAAAGACACUAGCACAACGGAAGAACUCACGUUAGAGGAGGUGGAGGUGUUCAGGAAUCCAGCUCCUAUUAAGACUAUGAAGCUAUCAUCAAAAAGGCAACAGCUGUAUGUGUCGUCAGAGAUGGGGCUUACCCAGGUGUCCCUGCACAGGUGUGGCGUCUAUGGGAAGGCCUGUUCAGACUGCUGCCUGGCCAGAGACCCUUACUGUGCCUGGGAUGGGGAGACCUGCUCUGCCUUUAGCCCCUCCACCAAGAGGCGGAGCAGAAGACAGGAUAUUAAGCAUGGAGACCCCUUGCGGCAGUGCAGAGGGUUCAAUGCAAAAGUUGAGAAGCGUCUCAGUGAAACAGUGCAGUUUGGGGUGGAGGGGAGUAGCACUUUCCUGGAGUGCCAACCCAGAUCUCCACAAGCGACAGUCAAAUGGCUCUACCAGAAACCAGACGGCAGGAGGAAAGUGCUGAGCCGAGACAGAGAGGUGCUGAAGACUGGUCACGGCAUCCUGCUUAAGUCUUUGAGCCAUGCCGACGGGGGGCUGUACAACUGCCUGGCCACCGAGAACAACUUCAAGCACACGGUGGCCCGCGUGGCCCUCCGCAUCCUGGACCGGGAGAUUGUGGAGGCCCUCACCUCCCCGGACGGCCCCCCGGAGGACCAGAACCCCCAUCACCACCGACACCCCCACCACCACCCUCCGCCUCCACCACCCCCUCCUCACAACCUGCCCCCGCAGUUCUCCUCCCAGCCGGAGAUCCGCCUCAUCAACCAGUACUGUCAGUCCUACUGGCAGCAGCUCAACCUCAACCUGCCCACCAAACGCACUAGCAGGAGGCACACUGAGAGCCAGCCAGAGCCAGCCCCGGGGGCCCCUAGCCAGUCCUAAACCCCAUCUCCCUCCCUCUACUCCACUGGUACCUGGGCCAAGCCCUGUAGGGCCACUGUGGCCCUGCACAAUGGUAACGGGCAGACUCACUCAUGUUGUUGUGAUUUUGUUGUUGUUGUUGUUGUUGUUGUUGUUUAUCUCACUCCCAUUUAGGGUUAGUCUCCAUGAGCCCAAUUCUAACUUUAGAUCUGUGCACAUAGCUCUGUGGUUUCUUGCAAAAUUGGUGUUACACACACGGAGUGUUUGGUCAUAUGAAUCUUUAGAUUAAUCUGCAAAUGAACUACCCUAUUCCGUCCAAGCUAGUAACCUGGUUAGUAACUAGUAACUAGUUAGAGCCUUGAAUGCUGAUUGGCUGACAUCCGUGGUAUAUCAGACCGUAUACCACAGGUAUGACAAAACAUUUAUUUUUUCUGCUGUAAUUAUGUUGGUAACCAGUUUAUAAUAGCAAUAAGGCACCUCGGGGGUUUGUCGUACAUGGCCAAUAUACCAAGGCUAAGGGCUGAAUCCAGGCCCUCUGCGAUGCUUAGUGCCUAAGAACAGCCCUUAGCCGUGGUAUAUUGGCCAUAUACCACACCCCCCCAUGCCUUAUUGUUUAAGAAUGUCACAUUGUAUUGUAUCACUCAGUGUAAGAAAUUUUAGAAACUGCAGAGGAUUUUGUUAGUGUACACAAUAGUUGCCUAGCCACCACCAUGGCAGUUAGGUGAUAUAGAGACACUGUAUCAUAUGAAUCAUUGUAAAAUGUGUCACAUGUUGUAUGGCUGCCUCAACCUCACUUUUUACAAUCCAUUUGUUCCACUGAAUCUAGUUGAUGAAACAUGGGCAAUUUAAUAGUAUUACGUAUAUUAUGUUUCCAUUCUAAAUAUUGUUACAAUAGAAUCCUGUCAAUGUCAAGUCAGAAAGAAUAAGGCUCAGUUUUGGGUCGUUCUUGAAUUGCGGUGGCAUCUGGCCUUGGCAUUUUGGCAGAAAUAGUUUUUUAAUGUUUAAAAAUUGAUUCUAUUCUAAAUCAACUAAUGUGGAAGUUUAAUGACUAAUUAUUUGUACCAUUAUGAUUACAUUGUGCCACCAGUAGGAGUAGUGACAGCAAUGACUGUCACCCCAAUGACUGUCACCCCAAUGACACAUUUAAGGUAAUAGAGGAUUUUCUUAAAUGGAGGCCACAAAUGUUCAAAUCUAUGGUCACAAUGUCAUUUCCCAUCUUUUAAAUUGAGUAACACCAAUGACACUUUCCAUUUACACAUACUAAAUUAUCAAUGGAAUCCUCAAAUUUGUGACAUACUAAAAGGGUGUGAUUAGCUAAUAACUUUCUUUAAUAUAGACCCCUCCCCAAUAACAAUUUGCCGCUCGAGGGAUUGCUAAAUGUCCUUCUAUAGCACCAAUGACAUAAAACUUAGGGUCACAUAAUAUUUGUAAAAGAAUAAAAACAAUAAUUGGUUCUAUUGUUCUUUGCUAGGGAUGGGCAACGGCGGCUCACUUUUGUAGGCCCGUGGACCCCCCCCCCCAACUUCAUGUUGAGAGUUAGAAUAGUAGAAUACACAAGGUGCAAUUUACAAAUUUGGUUGUGCAUCAGCAGUUUUUCUCUUAUUAUGUCAGUCACAGACAGUCACUCAAUUAGCUUAUGUUUAGGUUGGCAGGUAGCCUAGUGGUUAAGAGUGUUAGGCCAGUAACCAAAAGGUCACUGGUUUGAAUCCCUGAGCCAACCAGGUGAAAAAAAUCUGCCAAUGUGACCUUGAGCAGAUCUAUGUCAGGUUGGACUUUUCAUGAAUCCACUGCUCUUUCUCUCACCCACGCCAUGAAUAUUUAUUUUGAGACUGUACAUAUUCCUGUAAGUUCUGCACUUUGGUGGUGGGGGUGUAAGGGAUAGGAUGGGGUAGGGGGUAUUAUUAUGAUCUAUUGUUGAUUGACAGGACCAAUAUUCACAGAAAGAGGCUUUCAUGAAAAAUAGGUAGACCUUUUUGGAAAUUAAAAAUAUAAAUAUUUCAAUGAAUAAAUUAUUAUGGAUAGGAAGCCGUAAUACUGUAGUACAGCAACGUGCUGAGCAAGGCACUUAACCCUAGUUGCUCUGGAUAAGAGCAUCUGCUUAAAUGUUUCACCAAAACAUAUUUUUUUUGAUAGCUGGCUAAACUAACUCACCUAUCUAAAUCGGUAGUAAUUAUGAUCGAAUUACUGACUUUGAUUUUGUUAGUCACACUCACUCAGAUAUCAUAGGAAAUUAGCUGUAAAACUCCAAAUGAUUAUCUCCUCCCCAUGGCAAAAUGAGUAGAAUUUUGUGGGCCCCUCAUGAUGAGUUCAGAUUUUUGGUGGCCCCCACCCCUAUCCAAGAUGUCCAUCCCUGAUCUAAAAAUAUAUGAUAUACUUUUGUUUACAUUCUAGCAUUCAAAGUAAUAGAUAGAUAACCCUAAAACAUGUUACUACAACUCUACUCAUCACUACUGGGACAAUCCAGUUUGCUUUCCCUAAAUACUUUAAACAAUGCCUAAACAUAAAAUAUUGCAGUAUAAAAUACUUGCAUUAUAAUUUGUCAUUUAUAAACAGUUCAAUAUAAACAAAAGCAUGUAUGAUGUGUAACUAUUUGUAUUUUUCAAUCGUUUUUCAUGGUGGCAAAAGCGAUGGACGCAAAUGCCACCGCAAUUCAAGAAUUACCCGUUUACAUGUUUUUCGUCUGCCAUUUCUUAAGAUUCUGAUAUAAUCUAUUUUAAAACAUGACAUUUCACAGAAAAUGUGGAAUAUCAGACACUCCUGCUUAAUUUGACCAAACAUUUGUUAGCAGGAAGAAACUGACCAAAUUAGUCUCUAUUUCUUUUUAUUGGUUGGACUCCUGGGGUUAUGCAAUUGCUGUUGUUUUUUAACCCAAUACUAUACUUACUAAACACAAAACCAUUAGUGUCAGCUAAAAAGCUAUCCAAGUCUAAUGUUUGAGUAAAUUGCUUCGACCUUGUGCUUCUUUCUGCUCAGCACUUCAACAGUGUGUUAUAGGCAGAGACCAAAUUUUGGACCAAACACUGUUCCAUUCUCCAGCCAAGACUAUCAAGGGAUUAAAAAAGAAACAUGUACAUAGAGCAAGUUUGGUUUGGAAUGACUCAGAAAAAGAGAUUCAUUAGCUGUUGAUAAUUGCAGCGAGAAAAGAAAAUGGAGACAGUAUAGGGGUAUUCCAUUGUGUUGCUUCGAAAUGGCAGUACAUAUUCUCUCUUCAGUGGGAGUUACAUUACUUUUACAACAGCUUUACAUCAGAUGAGAAACUGAUCCAACAGAAACUGGACUGGAAGGGUCUUUAAAAUGUGACUAUGUGACAUGGCCACACUGUAUUUUUCUUGUCCUCUAGAGAUGAGUCAUUAGUAUACUCACUAGCACUCACCUGGCUCUAUCAUGUGCUUUUGUUGGAUACCACACGUAUUCAGUGCAUUCAUAUGGUAUGAAUACAUGUAAAGGACUUUUAGAUCUCACAGAUCUAUGUCAGGUUUGGACUUUUCAUGAAUCCACUGCUCUUUCUCUCACCCACGCCAUGAAACAUAUUUAUUUUGAGACUGUACAUAUUCCUGUAAGUUCUGCACUUUGGUGGUGGGGGUGUAAGGGAUGGGAUGGGGUAGGGGGUAUUAUUAUGAUCUAUUGUUGAUUGACAGGACCAAUAUUCACAGAAAGAGGCUUUCAUCAAAAAUAGGUAGACCUUUUUGGAAAUGAAAAAUAUUAAUAAAUAUGAAUCAAUAAAAUAUGAAUAAAUGAUUAUGGAUAGGAAGCCAUUAUACUGUAGUACAGCAACGUGCUGACAGAUUACUCAACUCUGAAGCCAAAGAAUCCUCUAUUUGAAUGAAAACGUGUUCUAUUUAAAGGUCCAAUGGAGCCAUUUGUAUAUCAAUAUCAAAUCCUUUCUGGGUAACAAUUAAGUAUCUUACUGUGAUUGUUUUCAAUUAAAAUUGUAAAAAAUAAACAAAAAUAGCUUCUUAGCAAAGAGCAAUAUUUCAAGCAAUAAUUUAGCUUGGACUGUCCUGGAGUUGUGGGGCCUAAUUGGAGGAGCCUAAUAGGAGGGAUAUGUAACCUGAAAACUAGCUGUUAUUGGAAGAGAGGUUUACAACUCUUUGUUAUUGGUCUAAUAACUUAUAACACCUGGUAAUGUUGCCAGGCAGACCAAAACUCCAUCCCACUAAAACAGGCAGAAAUUUCAGGUGGUCUUUUCAAACAGCUCUUACACUAAAUGUGCAUUAUGAUAAUUUUCACAAUUUCACAGUAUUAUUCCAACCUCAUAGUGUGGAAAUAUAAAUAUAAAACACAGAAAAUCACAUUUUUGACUGCACUGGGCCUUUAACAUAUUUUUCACUAUAUUCACAUUCUUUGUGGCUUUACAUGGCUUCUUUGUCUUUUCUUAGCUAUAGAGUUUGAAUCCAGAAAUGUCUACCUGUCUCGUUUCUGGAAUAUUAUUUGUAAUAAAACAAAAGUCACUCAAACAAAACAAUGUAACGCUUGGUACCAUAUUCCUUCUAGAGUAUGUCUGUGACCUGAUUCAAGAGUGACAUGAGUAAAUUAACAUUUUAAAAGGGAGUUACGGGUGAAUAACAAACCCAUUUCAUUCAGUAACUAUACAAUUAUUUUGUUCCCAAAACUAUUCAUUGGUGUCAGCCAUCUUGGCCUUUUAGAGAGGCCUUUCCACUCCCUACUGCGUCUAACCAGUCAGCCAAUCAGAGUGGCUUAUAUGCAAGCCACAAUGGUUGGCUUCAGCAGGAAAUUCCACUGUAGCUUAGUGCAGGUCACAACCCUUCGCAGAAGGAAUACUGUGCAUUUAGCGGUUCUUUGUCUUGCUGUUUUUUGGGCUUGUGUGUUUGUCAUUGAGCUACGUUGACUCUAUCUGUGUUUUUUCUUUGUACUUGUAGAUGUGUUUGUGUUAGUUUAAAUUGAUAUGGUUGUUUGUAAUAAAUAUUAUUUUAUUAUUA